AUGGAUUCUUCCCACCAAGGGUCUGACCCAGCUGACCAAGAAUCUGACUUCGCAGGCCUGGAUUUCAAUUCUGCCAGCCAAAAUUAUUUCUCCACCGUUCAAGAGUUUGACUCUCCUUACCAAGAAUUGGACCUAGACUCUCUUAACGAAGAUCUCCUUUCCCAGUCCAUGGCAGAGGCCUCUGCAGGCGCAUAUGAAUCCCACCCAACUUCGGAACCAAAGGAUCUAACCGAUGCGGAGCAAAAGGAGCUCAGAUCUGACCUCGCUAAAUUAGAAGCAGAAAUUGUAACCCUCCGCCACGCCUUGGCAGUCAAAGAGAGACGCUGCGGGGAGCUCAAGAGGAAGCUGGGCCUAGCAGCCUUGGUGGGGCUGAGGCAGAAUCUGUCCAGGAGUUGGCAUGAAGUCCAGGUCUCCAAUGCCCAUGUGAAACAAAAGACAUCAGCUGCCCUAUCCACUGUGGGCUCUGCCAUCUGCAGGAAGCUUGGAGACAUGAAGAAGUCGGCCACCUUCAAAUCUUUUGAAGGUCUUAUGGGGACAAUUAAGUCCAGAGUUGCAGGUGGCAGAGAGCUUAGCAGUGACUGCCUUCCUUCUCCAGCAGGGAGUGGGGAUGAGUCGCUCCUGGUUCCAGAGAGUGGGGAUGAUCAGCUCCUAGUUCCUAGCUGUGAGGAGGAUCCGUUCCCGGUUCCCAGGAGUGGGGAUGACCCGCUCCCGGUUCCAGAGCCGGAAUGA